AUGUACUUUUUCAUUCUGCUUUCCCUCCUCGUUAGGCUAAUCUCAGCCUACGAUGUUCCUGAUAACCUGAGAGAUAUCUACGACAACCACAAGUCUGGUGACUGCAGCUCCAAGCUCGCUGAGGGAUUCACCGACGGAAUCGGCGGCGACAACUCCUUCACCUAUUGUGGUGACAUCGACGGGGCUAUCUUCGUGCACAGCUCCGGCAACGGCGGACAAUAUGCUAACAUGGAUGUUGACUGCGAUGGAGUCAACAACAGCGGAGGUGCCUGCGGCGACGAUCCAACAGGACAGAACCAGACAUCGUUCAAGGGAUUACUGAAUCAGUAUGGGAUCGAUGAGCUGGAUGCUAACAUCCAUCCAUACGUCGUGUUCGGUAACGAGGCCUUUAAUCCCCAGGAGUAUGGCAUGGAGCCACUCAGUGUGAUGGCUGUGGUUUGUGGCGACCAGCUUCACUAUGGUAUCUGGGGCGAUACCAACGACGAAGACUCCACCGGUGAGGCUUCGAUCUCUCUGGCCAAGCCGUGCUAUCCCGGCGGUGGUAUCACUGGCGACAAUGGCCACAGCGAGAACGAUGUUCUCUAUAUUGGAUUCAUGGGCCCAGAUGCCGUGCCAGGUGAUGCCGACUGGACGGCACAGGACGCUGGCGCAUUCGAGGAGAGUAUCAGGGAUUUGGGAGAUCAGUUGGUUGCUAAGCUUCAGAAUUAG